ACGCCUAAGUAUCUUAAAUUGCGUUGGACAGGACUUCAAUAAUAUAAUGCUCAGAUCUUUUGGAAUUGUAUCCAAGAAACCGGUGGCGUGUUUCAAAUCAUUUGCGUUGGUAUUUCUUGCCCUGCCUGGUUACCUACUUUACAUAUUUCAUACGAGCGACAAAUAUGAGAAUAAUAAAAAUGUUUUUCCAAUCAAAAAUCAAACGUUCACAAUUCUUAACUGGUGUCCAACUUUCUUCAGCAGUGAAAUGCGUGAACCGGUUAACCUUUAUGUCGACAACUGUUUCAUAACAAGAGAUAGGUCACUACUUGAUGUUAGUGAUUUUGUUGUAAUAGAUGUGAGAGAAUUAGGCGGCCACCUCCAAUAUAUGCCACAAAGUCGAUCAACAUGGCAACGAUGGAUAUACUUCAACGUAGAGUCGCCGUUCCAUGCCAUUCUGAAACCUGUUGGUUUUACAAUGAGCGAUUUUAGGGGGAAAUAUGCGUUCAACUGGACAAUGACUUAUCGUACGGAUGCUGAUGUCCCGAUGUUACACGGUUGGAAGCUGAACAAAAGCGAGAAUGAGAAAAAAGAGACAGAUAUAGACGGCAUUGUGCGAAAUAAAACCAAACUUGCAGCUGUAUUAUUGAGUAAUUGCUAUUAUGUAAAAAAUGGAAGAGGUCAGUUUGUAAAGGAGCUACAAAAAUACAUGGAGGUCGACGUCUAUGGGAAAUGCGGUGAUGAAAAACUAAAAUGUGAAGGGUACUACAUUAACAAAGGCUGCGAGAAAAUUAAAACUUACAAGUUUUAUCUAGCAUUUGAAAACUCGAACUGCCGCGACUAUAUUUCUGAGAAAAUGUGGAUGCAGGGAUUUGAUAACUAUGCUGUCCCAGUUGUGAUGGGCGCUUACAAAGAAGACUAUAUAGAGCAUGUUCGUGUACCUCCGAACUCAAUCAUUCAUGUUAAUGACUUUGAUUCGCCAAAGGAGCUGGCAGAAUAUUUGAAAAUGCUGGACAAAAACGACACAGCUUAUAGAGAGCUGCACAAGUGGCGAGAAACGUACAAAGUUGGUUAUGAGUUUCGUUUCAUGGGCACCUACGCAUGGAGUACCCUAUGUUCAAAGCUGAACAAGCUGAACAGUAAAUUCAUCGAGGAACCAAAGUGGCACAAAACCAUUACAGACUUUGAACAUCCCAGCAAAGACUGUUAUCUGCAUAAGUGGGUGAAAAAACAAUGCAAUAAUAACCCAUAUAAUUGUCGUUAGAGGAACUUACACGGAAAGUCCGAAUUAUUGGAUAUUAUGGCGAUUUUACCUCAAACUUGUCCUCAUACUGAAUUCACUUGCAAUUUUAUUUAUUUACCAAUGACUUGAUUUGGGCGAAUUUAAAUUCAAAAUCAUAGGAUGAAAGGAGGCUUCGUUGCGGGCAAAAAUGGCCCUAGAAUUUGGCAUCAUCAUUGUCAUUAUUCUUUAUCAA